AAGCAUGAGUUACAGGGCAAGUAGAACAAGACAUGCUCUGAAUCUAUCUUCGUCCUUUGUGUUCCCUCACCUCCCCUGCAACUCCAUUCCCACUCUUCCAACUUUCCUCGUUCCUUCCUUUACUCGCGUGCUCUCUGCCAAGAAGCCAACCUUAAUCAACUACAUCCGCAACAAGCAGACAAGGAAAGAGAGAGCAGACCGACCGACCGAGUUCAAAGAGAGGAAGAAGGCAGCUCAUCUGCCCCUCUCUUUCUUAGAUAGGCAGGCGGAGCAAUCCGGUUUGGUCGUUGCGGCAAUUCCCACCCUCAAGUUGGAGAGCAUCCCCUGUUUUAGCUACUUCCUAUAAUUACACUGUGUUGUUGCCUCCUCUUCAUCCAGUCAUAUAUAUAUAGGCUCCUUCCGCUCGCAGGCCCUGCGCUGUCUUCCCGACAUGCCGACGAGGAGACGGGAGGGGUAGGGAGAGAGGAGGUGAUGGAGAGGAGCGGAGGAGAGAGCGAGCGAGAGGGGAUGGCGGCUGCGGAGGAGAUGCUGGUGGCCGUGCGCCAGGGGAAGAAGGGUGGAGGAGAGAAGAAGGAGGAGGAGGAGGAGGAGGAGCCCAGCAUCCAUGCCGACAAGCUUAACUGCGACAUUUUUUCCAUCCUGGAAAGCAAGUUCCUCUUCGGCUACGAUGACCACCAGCUCUGGGUCCCAAAAGCGUCUCCUUUACACGCAUCCGACGCCGACAUGACGGUGGCGCCUGACACCGGCGCGGCUGUGCCGUCCCCGGUCAGGAGCCAGAGGGGCAAGGUCUGCGUGCUCUGCAUCGAUGGAGGCGGUGGCGGCGCGAUGCGAGGGAUACUCCCGGGAAAGGCCCUCGCGUACCUCGAGCAUGCCCUUAGGUCCAAGUCCGGCGACCCCGACGCCAGGAUCUCCGACUACUUCGACGUUGUUGCUGGCACCGGCGUCGGGGGCGUCUUCGCCGUCAUGCUUUUCGCCACUCGCGAUGGCGCCCGCCCACUCUUCCGCGCUGACGACACCUGGCGCUUCCUCGCCGAUCACGGCAAGCGCCUCUUCCGAAAGGCGUCUACUUCUUCUCCGACCUCCCCCACGCCGUCUCAUGGGUUCUUGUGCGGAGUGUUCCAAGGCGGGGGCGGCGGAGGGACCGCGACGACGGCCAUGGAGAGGGUCAUGAAGGAGGCUUUCGGGGAUAGACUGACGCUGCGCAAUACAGUGAAGCCGGUGCUGAUCCCGUGUUACGACCUGCAAAGCUCCGCCCCGCUCGUCUUCUCGCGCGCCGACGCCCUGGAGAGCGAGAGCUUCGACUUCCGGCUGUGGGAGGUAUGCAGGGCCACGUGGGCGGAACCAGGCAGGUUCGAACCGGCGGAGAUACGGUCGGUGGACCGCUCCACGACCUGUGUCGGUGUCGACGGCGGGCUGACGAUGAGCAACCCGGCCGCGGCGGCCAUCACCCACGUCCUCCACAACAAGCAGGAGUUCCCCUUCGUCCGCGGCGUCGAAGACCUUAUGGUCCUCUCCCUCGGCUGCGGCACGGGCAGCGGCACCACCGUCGUGCCGGAGACGGACCAGCGCAGGCUACGGCGGUGGGGUGCCAGGGAGUGGGUCCGGCCCAUCUCGCGGAUCGCCGCCGACGGCGCCGCGGACCUGGUGGACCAAUCCGUGGCGCUGGCCUUCGGCCCGUACCGGAGCUCCAACUACGUCCGAAUUCAGGCAAACCCUUCAACCAUGGGGAGGUGUGGAGUGGACAUGGAUUGCGACGCAAGCCCUGCAAAUGUGGAGGUACUGUUGGGGGCAGCUGAAGAAAUGCUGAAGCAGAAGAAUGUGGAGUCGGUGCUAUUCAGCGGGAGAAGGAUCGGAGAGGAAACAAAUAUGGAGAAAUUGGAUUGGUUUGCAGGGGAGCUGGUGCUGGAGCACCAGCAGCGGCGCUGCCGGAUUGCUCCCACGGUUGCGUUCAAGCAAGCAACUUCCAAGUCCAACUAGAGUUUUUGAUUGGCCUGCGAGUAAAAAGCUAAUCUUUCUUUCCUUUUCUUUUUCACUCCUGUCAUUUGCUGGAUCCUGCUGGUUUUUGCAUAGCAGAAUAGCAUUGAUCUCCAUAGGAAUUCAAGACGGUGAAAAGAAAUUGUCGAAUGUUUCAUUACUAUGGAACACCUUUGUUGUCUCAUUUCAUGAUGUUUGUGAAGAGAUUGCAUUUGUUUCA